AUGGAACAGCCGGAAUCAAAUCCAACGCAUUGUAAAAAUGGUUGUGGUUUCUAUGGAAGCCAAGCGUGCGAAGGCAUGUGUUCAAAAUGUUAUAAAGCUUAUGUAAAAGGAAAAUAUAAUACUGGAAGAAGCAGUCCAUGUAACAAUUAUUAUUCAUCAUCUUCAACAAAUCAUCAAACAUCAUCCACAUCAUUUACAACGCCACAACAGCCACAGCAAAAUGAACAAGUUAUGGAUGAUUCUGCCAAUAUUGUUGGAGCGAUGGAUGAAGAUAACGAUAAUUCAACAACAACAGUGACGAAAACAGACAGUGAAAAACCAACUUCUGUUACAAAUGUCAGUGAAAAUGAAGUAAAUGAUGAAUCUUCGAAUAAUAACUUGAUACCAAGAGUUGUUUCCGCACCAUCGUUGCCUAUUACUAUAACGAAAAAUAUUGACAUACCAAAAAACAAUUCAGCAGCAUCAUAUUCUGAAACAGACAAUUCAGUCGGUCUAGAAUCGGGAUCUCUGUCUGGUACUAGUAUGGAUAAAAAGAAAAAACAAAAAUGUCUAAUAUGUAAUAGAAAACUUGCAUUGACUGAAUAUCCUUGUCGUUGUGGCGGACAUUAUUGUUCAUUACAUCGUUAUGCCAAUGAACAUAAUUGUACAUUUGACUAUAAAGAACAUGGUCAAAAUGAGAUUAGACGAAAUAUGCCAGUUGUACAAGGUGACAAAAUAACAAAAAUCUAA